CUCGUGUGCCUCGUCAUGCUGGCCUUCCACGCGGCGCGGCCCCCGCUCCAGCUGCCCUACCUGGCCGUGCUGGCGGCCGCCGUGGGCGUGAUCCUCAUCAUGGCUGUGCUCUGCAACCGUGCCGCCUUCCACCAGGACCACAUGGGCCUGGCCUGCUAUGCCCUCAUCGCCGUGGUGCUGGCAGUCCAGGUGGUGGGUCUGCUGCUGCCCCAGCCGCGCAGCGCCUCUGAGGGCAUCUGGUGGACCGUGUUCUUCAUCUACACCAUCUACACGCUGCUGCCUGUCCGCAUGCGGGCCGCGGUGCUCAGCGGGGUGCUCCUGUCCGCCCUCCACCUGGCCAUUGCCCUUCGCACCAACGCCCAGGACCAGUUCCUGCUCAAGCAGCUUGUCUCCAAUGUCCUCAUUUUCUCUUGCACCAACAUCGUGGGCGUCUGCACCCACUACCCGGCCGAGGUCUCCCAGAGACAGGCCUUCCAGGAGACCCGGGAGUGCAUCCAGGCGCGGCUCCACUCACAGCGGGAGAACCAGCAGCAGGAGCGGCUCCUGCUGUCUGUCCUUCCCCGUCAUGUUGCCAUGGAGAUGAAAGCAGACAUCAACGCCAAGCAGGAGGAUAUGAUGUUCCAUAAGAUUUACAUCCAGAAACAUGACAACGUGAGCAUCCUGUUUGCUGACAUCGAGGGCUUCACCAGCCUGGCAUCCCAGUGCACCGCCCAGGAACUGGUCAUGACCCUCAACGAGCUCUUCGCCCGCUUCGACAAGCUGGCUGCGGAGAAUCACUGUUUGCGUAUUAAGAUCCUGGGGGAUUGUUAUUAUUGCGUCUCGGGGCUGCCUGAAGCCAGGGCUGACCAUGCCCACUGCUGCGUGGAGAUGGGCAUGGACAUGAUUGAGGCCAUCUCGUUGGUCCGGGAGGUGACAGGGGUGAACGUGAACAUGCGCGUGGGAAUUCACAGUGGGCGAGUACACUGCGGUGUCCUUGGUCUCAGGAAGUGGCAGUUCGACGUCUGGUCUAACGAUGUCACGCUGGCCAACCACAUGGAGGCUGGCGGCAAGGCAGGGCGCAUCCACAUCACUAAGGCUACACUCAACUACCUGAACGGGGACUACGAGGUGGAGCCGGGCUGCGGGGGCGAGCGCAACGCCUACCUCAAGGAGCAUAGUAUUGAGACCUUCCUCAUUCUGCGCUGCACCCAGAAGCGGAAAGAAGAGAAGGCCAUGAUCGCCAAGAUGAACCGCCAGAGAACCAACUCCAUCGGGCACAACCCGCCACACUGGGGGGCCGAGCGCCCCUUCUACAACCACCUGGGCGGCAACCAGGUGUCCAAGGAGAUGAAACGGAUGGGCUUUGAAGACCCCAAGGACAAGAAUGCCCAGGAAAGCGCGAACCCUGAGGAUGAAGUGGAUGAGUUUCUGGGCCGCGCCAUCGACGCCAGGAGCAUCGACAGGCUGCGAUCUGAGCACGUCCGCAAGUUCCUCUUGACCUUCAGGGAGCCUGACUUAGAGAAGAAGUACUCCAAGCAGGUGGAUGACCGAUUCGGUGCCUACGUGGCGUGUGCCUCACUCGUCUUCCUCUUCAUCUGCUUUGUCCAGAUCACCAUCGUGCCCCACUCCGUGUUCAUGCUGAGCUUCUACCUGACCUGUUUCCUGUUGCUGACCCUGGUGGUGUUUGUAUCCGUGAUCUACUCCUGCGUAAAGCUCUUUCCCUCUCCGCUGCAGACCCUCUCCAGGAAGAUUGUGCGGUCCAAGAUGAACAGCACCCUGGUGGGGGUGUUCACCAUUAUCCUGGUGUUCCUCUCAGCUUUUGUCAACAUGUUCAUGUGCAACUCCAAGGACCUGCAGGGAUGCCUGGCGGAGGAACACAACAUCAGUGAGAGCCGGGUCAACGCGUGCCAUGUGGUGGAGUCGGCCGUCAACUACAGCCUGGGCGAGGAACAGGGCUUCUGUGGCAGCCCCUGGCCCAACUGCAACUUCCCCGAGUACUUCACCUACAGCGUGCUGCUCAGCCUCCUGGCCUGCUCCGUGUUCCUGCAGAUCAGCUGCAUUGGGAAGCUGGUGCUCAUGCUGGCCAUCGAGCUCAUCUACGUGCUCGUCGUGGAGGUGCCCGGUGUCACACUCUUCAACAACGCCGACCUGCUGGUCACAGCUAACGCCAUAGACUUCAACAACAACGGGACCUCCCAGUGCCCCGAGCACGCGACCAAGGUGGCGUUGAAGGUGGUGACGCCCAUCAUCAUCUCAGUCUUUGUGCUGGCCCUAUACCUGCACGCCCAGCAGGUGGAGUCCACCGCCCGCCUCGACUUUCUCUGGAAACUGCAGGCCACAGAGGAGAAAGAGGAGAUGGAAGAGCUGCAGGCCUACAACAGGCGGCUGCUGCACAACAUCCUGCCCAAGGACGUGGCCGCCCACUUCCUGGCCCGCGAGCGGCGCAACGACGAGCUCUACUACCAGUCCUGCGAGUGCGUGGCCGUCAUGUUCGCCUCCAUUGCCAACUUCUCCGAGUUCUAUGUGGAGCUGGAGGCCAACAAUGAGGGCGUCGAGUGCCUGCGCCUGCUCAAUGAAAUCAUCGCUGACUUUGACGAGAUUAUCAGUGAGGAUCGAUUCAGGCAGCUGGAAAAGAUCAAGACCAUCGGCAGCACCUACAUGGCCGCCUCAGGCCUCAACGACUCCACCUACGACAAGGCGGGCAAGACCCACAUCAAGGCUCUGGCCGACUUUGCCAUGAAGCUGAUGGACCAGAUGAAGUACAUCAACGAGCACUCCUUCAACAACUUCCAGAUGAAAAUCGGGCUCAACAUUGGCCCCGUGGUAGCUGGUGUGAUUGGGGCUCGCAAGCCUCAGUACGACAUCUGGGGCAACACGGUGAACGUGGCCAGCCGCAUGGACAGCACGGGUGUGCCCGACCGCAUCCAGGUCACCACAGACAUGUACCAGGUGCUGGCUGCCAACACAUACCAGCUGGAGUGCCGGGGCGUAGUCAAGGUCAAGGGCAAAGGCGAGAUGAUGACCUACUUCCUCAAUGGAGGGCCCCCGCUCAGUUAGCAGCUGCUGGCCAGCAGUGCCAGGCAGCCUGGCCUCCAGAAGAAUGGAAACAGCUUCUCUGUGUGCCCGGGGCAGUGGGAAGCCCCGCGCUCCAGCCCACACGGCCGCACUGGUGAGAUUUUCCACUUUGACUCCAGAAGCAGCUUUUGCCUUUGCUGGUGGGCAGCGGCCUCCGUCCCAGGCCCCAGGGUGCCAGCGUCCUGCAAGCACCAAGCUGACCAAAGAUGUUUCCCUCUGUAGAAGACUCCGCUAGACUCAGUCUGAAUCUUGAGUUUUCUAACAGGUGCUGCUGCACGGGUGGAAAGGAGCCACGGGAGUGUCUGUCAGUGUGGUGUGGCCCGGGGGCACCAGGACAGGCUGAGGGAGAGGCCAGCCUUGGCUGGGGGUAGGCAGGCUCCACUCUGGCCUGGGGAAUCCUAGGGACUCUGAGGGGUCUGCUUUUCUAUGCGAGCCUUUAAACUGCAGACAGAGGCCGUGACCCUGUGCCAUGAAGGGGCUUUCGGGCAGGCAUGCCGGCUUUGGAAGGACAGUGGCCUUCAUCACAGUCUCGUGCCCACACCUCCACGCACACGGGAGGGAAACAGAACUAAUUACAAGGGGGAGGCGAGAGGACGCCAAGCAAGGAGUAGUGGUUCUGAGAAAAAGGAAGUAUUUAUUAAAUAAAACAAAACACAUUCUCUGUGCCCUUCUUUAGACUAUGCUAGUUGUAUGCGUGUAAGAAACACACAGCAAAUGAAGAUGUCACUGGGGAGGGGGGGUGGGGAUCCCAACUUGUCUUUUUUGUAUUUUUUAUUUUGUAUUAUUGAAAACCUUGGAGAUCUAACAGAUAUGCCAAAUUCUAUAUUUUGUAAAUUCUCUAUAUUAGAAAACAGCUGUGCACAGCGGGGCGUUUGUGCUCAUUUGUACUGUACGUGUGUCGGUGUAUAUGCUGGUGUAUAUGUGCGUGUUCAUGCCGUGGGACUGGUCUCACACAGGAUGCCUUCCCCUCGUUUCAGAUUUGGCAGUUUUUGGUUUUCCCAAGCACAGCCAGAGUAGGGGGUGUGUUCUUUGGGGGUAUCAUAUGCUCAGAUGGAGGAGGAAGAUGGGUGGACACAUCACCCCAUCUUUCUCUGACACACACACACACCACUUCCCUUAGUAAAAUGUAAAAGGAAUGAUAAGAAGACAGAAAGCUUCUUUCCCAUCUCAGGCUAAGCUGGAACCACGGGAAGCCAAGCCAAGCCUCAGCUUGCGGCAGGCAGGUGGCCCCGUCCACCCUUCGACUGCUGACAUUUCGACGUUUGCUGCCUGCAGAGGCAGCUCCCGUGGACUCGAGAGCUGGCCGCUGGCUGGGUGCUCUGCCGGGUGGGGCGGGUGGUGAAGAAGCCUAGCCUGCCUGCCUUCUCAGUCACUCCAAGUACAGGCAGGUCUCCCCAGAGACGAUCCCUCAGACGUGGGGAUGCAAUGUGCAGCCCUCAGGUUUGGGGGAGGGGUGGCUUGGCCCUCCACCUGCAAACCAGACAGAGGGAUGGGUAGCACCCCCCUAGAGUCCCUAGAGAAAAGCUAACAGAAUUGAGGGGAGGGAACAGUUGAAGAUACUGAGAAAGAAAAGACGAUUUUUUAAUAAGCUGUGAGGGAAGCGCUUGAAAAAGCAUAUACCAUCACAGAAUUUCAAGCAGACCCUUAGGGCCCAUGCCCAGCUCUUUUCAUUGCUUCUCAGGGCAGAAUUUCCCUCGCCUCCAAGACCGGCUUGAAGGCGGUGAGGCGGCAGCUCUGUGACAGCUGCUGGAAUGUCACUCUGGUGUCCCCCUGCGCCACCCUUCCCUCCCCACGUGCCGACUCCCACCCCAGUGAGAACACAGCUCUGAGAAGCAAAGCGUGAGAACCCAAAACUGCCAAGCCUGAGUGUCCAGCUCUUGCCGCUCCAUCCUCUGAGUUCCGCACUGCCCUUCCUGCUGCCACUGCCGGGGGCCGGCUGCCCCUGGGUGUCAUUCUCGAGUUCCCUGCCCUCCACAUUGCCCGCCAUGGUGUUGGGUUUCUGUUCUGCUUCCAGCCUGAGUAAAGUGUGCGUGCUGAGUUACCCCAUGUUCCCCUGUGGGUUGUGGCCUCCUGGCCUCCUGGAGGCCCCUCCCCAUCCCAGCAGUGACUGGUGGCCACGUGCAGUGCUAGCUCUUGGUUCCCUCUAAGGGGUGUGCACUCUUUUUAUUCCUGCUCUUGCAAAACGGAUACGAUUAUGAUUUCCCAUGGAAAUGGAAAAGUCUAUUUAAAUAAUUUAACUAUUAAACACUUUCACUGGUAA